CCUCUGGGUCUGCUCCUCGCUCCGGCUCGCAUUCUAUCGCAGGCGGCCGGCGCAGCCCCCUCUCCCCAGCCCCAGCCCCGGCCCCCGCCCACCCCCGGGGUGGAGGCAGCCGCGCCGAGCCGCCCGCGGGAAGAAAGCAGCGCUCCGCCGGCUCCGCGCCCCUCCGCGGGGCCAUGCAGCGCCUCUGCCCGCCCGGUCCGAGCGCAGCCCCUCGCCCCGCCGCCCUCCGCGCAGCCUGAGCGCCUGGCGGGGGCUCCGCUCCGCGCCCGGAGGUGGGACGGGGCCGGCACAGGCGGCACAGGAAAGCUCCGCGGCUCCGCGACACUGCCCCGCUGCCCCGGCCAUGGGGAAGGGGCUGGAGGGGACAGCGGCCCGCUGCGGGCUGGGACUGGGAUACCUGCUGCAGACGGUGGUGCUCCCCGCCCUGGCCGUCCUGGGGGCCAGCCGCCCCGGCUCCGCGGCGCAAGAUGAUGACUUUUUUCAUGAGCUUCCAGAAACUUUUCCAUCUGAUCCUCCAGAGCCAUUGCCCCACUUCCUCAUUGAACCUGAAGAGGCUUACAUUGUGAAGAACAAGCCUGUGAAUCUGUACUGCAAAGCAAGCCCAGCCACACAAAUCUAUUUUAAGUGCAACAGCGAGUGGGUUCAUCAGAAGGACCACGUGGUGGACGAGAGAGUAGAUGAAACCUCUGGUCUGAUUGUGCGGGAGGUGAGCAUCGAGAUCUCGCGGCAGCAGGUGGAGGAGCUCUUCGGGCCGGAGGAUUACUGGUGCCAGUGCGUAGCCUGGAGCUCUGCAGGCACCACCAAGAGCCGCAAAGCCUACGUCCGCAUUGCCUAUCUCCGGAAAACUUUUGAGCAGGAGCCCUUAGGGAAAGAAGUGUCCCUGGAGCAAGAGGUCCUGCUCCAGUGCCGUCCCCCUGAAGGCAUCCCAGUGGCUGAGGUGGAGUGGCUGAAGAACGAAGAGGUGAUUGAUCCUGUGGAAGACAGAAACUUUUACAUCACCAUUGAUCAUAACCUGAUCAUCAAGCAAGCCCGGCUUUCUGACACUGCCAACUACACCUGUGUUGCAAAAAACAUCGUGGCCAAAAGGAAAAGCACCACAGCCACUGUGAUAGUCUAUGUGAAUGGAGGCUGGUCCACCUGGACAGAGUGGUCUGUGUGUAACAGCCGCUGCGGGAGAGGCUUCCAGAAGCGCACAAGGACCUGCACCAACCCUGCCCCGCUCAACGGUGGCGCCUUCUGUGAGGGCCAGAGCGUCCAGAAAAUAGCUUGCACCACUCUGUGUCCAGUGGAUGGCAAGUGGACAUCCUGGAGCAAGUGGUCCACGUGUGGCACGGAGUGCACCCACUGGCGCCGCAGAGAGUGCACGGCCCCAGCUCCCAAGAAUGGGGGCAAGGACUGUGAGGGGCUGGUGCUGCAGUCCAAGAACUGCACGGAUGGGCUCUGCAUGCAGGGUUUCAUUUAUCCUAUUUCAACUGAACAGAGAGCCCAGAAUGAAUAUGGAUUUUCUUCUGCUCCUGACUCAGAUGAUGUUGCUCUCUACGUGGGGAUUGUCAUCGCCGUGAUCGUGUGCCUGGCCAUUUCUGUGGUCGUGGCCCUGUUUGUGUACCGCAAGAACCACCGGGACUUCGAGUCAGAUAUCAUUGACUCCUCAGCACUAAAUGGGGGAUUUCAGCCUGUCAACAUCAAGGCUGCAAGGCAAGACCUCCUGGCAGUGCCACCAGACCUCACUUCUGCUGCAGCCAUGUACAGGGGCCCUGUGUACGCCUUGCAUGAUGUCUCUGAUAAAAUCCCAAUGACCAACUCUCCAAUCCUGGACCCUCUCCCCAACUUGAAGAUCAAAGUCUAUAACACCUCUGGUGCAGUCACUCCCCAGGAUGACCUCUCUGACUUCUCCUCCAAGCUGUCCCCACAGAUCACGCAGUCUCUGCUGGAGAAUGAGACCCUGAACAUGAAGAACCAGAGCCUUGCCCGGCAAACUGACCCAUCAUGCACUGCCUUUGGGACCUUCAACUCCUUAGGAGGCCACCUAGUAAUUCCCAACUCAGGAGUAAGUUUGCUGAUCCCAGCAGGAGCUGUUCCACAAGGGAGAGUCUAUGAAAUGUAUCUGACAGUUCACAGGAAGGAGAACAUGAGGCCACCUGUAGAAGACAGCCAAACGCUGCUGACACCAGUGGUGAGCUGUGGCCCACCAGGAGCCCUGCUAACUCGGCCCGUCAUUCUAACCAUGCACCACUGUGCAGAGCCAAACACAGAGGACUGGCAGAUCCAGCUGAAGCACCAGGCUGCCCAGGAACCGUGGGAGGAUGUGGUGGUGGUCGGAGAGGAAAACUUCACCACGCCAUGCUAUAUCCAGCUGGACCCAGAGGCCUGCCACAUCCUGACAGAAACCCUCAGCACCUAUGCCUUGGUGGGACAGUCAAUCACCAAGGCAGCAGCCAAACGUCUCAAACUGGCCAUCUUUGGACCGCUGUCCUGCUCAUCCUUGGAAUACAGCAUCCGGGUCUACUGCCUCGAUGAUACGCAGGAUGCUCUUAAGGAGGUCCUCCAGCUUGAGCAGCAGAUGGGUGGGCAGCUUUUGGAAGAGCCUAAAACUUUGCAUUUCAAGGGAAGUACCCACAACCUCCGUCUGUCCAUUCAUGACAUUGCCCAUUCUCUCUGGAAGAGCAAGCUGCUGGCUAAAUACCAGGAAAUUCCCUUUUACCACAUCUGGAGUGGAUGUCAGAGGAACCUGCACUGCACCUUCACACUGGAAAGGUUCAGUCUGAACACCCAGGAGCUGGUGUGCAAACUGUGUGUGCGGCAGGUCGAAGGAGAAGGACAGAUCUUCCAGCUUAACUGCUCUGUCUCAGAGGAACCUACUGGCAUUGAUUAUCCUCCCAUGGACUCAGCGGGCACCAUCACCACCAUCGUGGGGCCCAGUGCUUUCAGCAUCCCCCACCCGAUAAGGCAGAAGCUGUGCAGCAGCCUGGACGCUCCCCAGACCAGGGGCCACGACUGGCGCAUGCUGGCCCACAAGCUCAAACUGGACAGGUACUUAAAUUAUUUUGCUACGAAAUCAAGUCCCACCGGGGUGAUCCUGGAUCUCUGGGAAGCCCAGAAUUUCCCUGAUGGCAACCUGAGCAUGCUGGCAGCAGUUCUGGAAGAAAUGGGAAGACACGAAACGGUUGUUUCUUUGGCAGCAGAAGGAAAUUACUGAUGCAGCCUUGGCAUGACCAGGAAGGACAGACACAGGGAGCGGUAAUGCCCUGUUAUUGCAAAGGAGAAUUGAAAUGAAAACCCAGACCAAUGAGUUACACAAGAGACGUUUCAGAGAAGAAAGCAAGCAAACAAACAAACAAACAAAAAAAACCAGCCCUGACCUUCACACGUGCUCUCCUUGUACAUUAUCACAAGAUCAGAAAGAGAUCAUGCAAAGUUGUACCUUGAAAAUAUAAAUCAACCUAAUGUUCCUCUCGGCUUGGCUGUACACUGCUUGGUACAGGUUUUUACAGUUUCCUAGGAAACGCUUUUUAUUGCUAUCCAGAUAUAUGGAUAAACUUUCUUAACAAUCCCAAUUUCUAUGGAUGUUGUUUACAUCAAAUUCUGGACAGGGGUACGGAAACUGUCCAUGGCUCUUUAUAUUUUUUGUUUAAAGCCAUUGUAGACAAGGCUAUGGACAGUUGGUUGUGGCUGUUUCAGCUUAUUGGUUUCUGGUGAAUUCAGAUUUUGGCUACAAUUCUGCACAUUGGUUGUCUCACAAUGAUCCUCCUGUCAUUGUUCUGUUUCCUAGACCUACUUGUAAAAAAAAAGAAACAAACCAAGAAAAUCAGGGUGUGCAUCUGGAAAGCAGGUACUCUGGCUGAUAAGCAGGAACACACAAAAUGUUCCCUUUCUUCCCCAGGACAGUCCCACUGAGCCUGUGUGCUGUGUGGAGAAUAGCUCUAAGACAGUGGGGAAUGAAGGAUCUGAGUUAAUUUUCAAUUCACGCCCUUUCCACCCCUUUGCUAUAUGAGGGGCGAGAUAUGCAAUUCAGAGUGGUUGGAGGGGGGAAGGGGAGAAACCCAGAAAAAAAUGAAAAAGAGAAUUUGCUAUGAUAGUUAUUUACUGAUUAGUACCUAGUGCAAGGAUUAUAAUGACUAUUAAUAUUGCCAUUAUUACUUUAUUUCUAAUAUUGUCAGCAGCAGAAUGAAUAAUUUCUGGUUUUAUGGAACCUGUUGUCCCCUCCCUGAAGGUCUUUUUAAGACGUAUUCCUCUCUAUGCUGUCUGUCCUUCCCUUUGUCAUCAUACUCCUCCUCCUCCAGAGUCCCUCUGCCAGCCCAUAGAGGCUGCUCAGCUCAUGUUAGCAUUGCUGUGCUCCGUGCCCAGUGCCAGGGCAGCAUGAACUGGUGACACUCUGCUGAUCUUCACCCACCAAGUGUCUGACCCUGGCAUGACAGGUUGCUCCAGGUUGCUCCAAGAAGCAUUCCUUAGGUGGCUGUGAACCAGAGAUGGUGCAAGCAUGUGGAGGCACUGACAUCCUCCACCUGAUUUAUGCACCCAAGCUGGGCCUCCAUAAUUUUUGCUUUGUUUUGUAGCAUUCUAAGAGCCAGCAGUUCCCCACAGAGCUGCAGAUCUCACUGAAACGCACCACCUCCAGCAAUGCUUGCUGUACCAGGGCUGCUGCCAGUCCAGCCCUCUGCUGGGUCACUUCUGUGGGAGAUGCGCUUGGCAGAUCUCCGUGGAUAUUCCCAGGCACUGCUGCAGCCAGGGAAGCCUGUGUUCCGUGGGCCAGUGCAGGGCAGUGGAGUGGUGAAGUUGAAAUCCUGUGUGCUGCAGUUUGCUGCCUUUGCUGCUCCUGCCAGCACCACUACCAGGCCAGGGCAGUGCAGUCCUCAGUGGCUGGCCAGGGAACACUUGUCCCUCUACAGCCCUCACAAAGCAGGUCAGGUGGAAGCUUUGCAAAAGGAGCAAACAAAAAGUGGUUGUCACUGCAAACGUAUUUUGUUCUGUUCACUGAAAAUUGUGGCUUUGGUACCUGACAGCAUAUAGGGUUGCAGUAGUUUUACCACCUGACUGGGCUGUCGUUUAUGUGUAGCACAGAAAGGCUUUUCUGCCCCAACCUGUCCACUCCAGGUUUCCAGCCAGGCCCUGGUUGUUGCUGUUGUGCACACAUGCAUGUCCCUGCCCACAUAGGCAUUACCAUUCCAUAUGCUUUCCGAGGCUGAAGUUAGCUUGUUCUCUUUUGUGCUUUUAGUUUUGUUUUCCCCAGGGCUUUCCAGAUUGCACCUUUGAAGGUAACUGAAAAUGUCAUCGGUCAAAAUGAGAAGAAAAUUUCAUCUGACCUUUUUUUCCAUUUGACAUUUCCACAGCCUUGUCGCUUUUUGCUUAUAGUUCCCUGACCAGUGAGUUAGGUUUUGAUUGACCACCAGACAGCCAGCACAAAAAGUUCCCUUCCUUGUAAGAGGUAGCCAGGCAGUUUGCAAACCAGCAUUUCAGUCAAAACUGGAGACCAGAGGACAUGCAUUGUAACUUUCAACAUCUGUGUGCAUUUUGCUCAUGUAAGCCCAACCUUCUCUUAAUGUGGAGAUGCCAUGGGCAUCCUCCCCAUGAGCAACCAUCUUCUUUUUCACCUUGGGCAUCUGGUGCAGCCCCCUGCAAUGCUAAUAGAAACUUUGCUUUCAGCUUCUGAAGAGUUGGAUUGAGGCUUUCAGCUCUGCCCUUUCUCCACACCUUUAACUUACCUCAGAGGGCUAAAAUGGCUCUUAAAGGUAGGUCUCCGCUUUUCUCCUUCCCAUGCCAUCUUUAGGUGUAACAGUUGUGUUCAGUUUGUGCUUCUUCACCUUUCCCAUGUGUCCUUCCUUGACUUCUCUUCCAAGGCAGGUGCAGGAGCUGAACUGUCCUUAAACCCUUUGGCCUUUUCAGCUCAAUCUGUGUUGGUUGAUCCCCAGGCUCACUUGUUGCUCCCCAGCUCUCAGUUUUUCUAGGUGGGCAGCAUGUGCAGCCUUCUCACCUGGAUCAGGGCCACAAAGUCUCUAUUUAUCUGUAGUGCUGUGAGCUGAUGCUCCUUUGGUCAGCCCCCUGACCUGCGCUCUGAUGCCUUCUGCAAGAGAAACAACUUGCAGAUGAGCAACUUCCUCAGUGUUUUGGGGCAUUUUCCUUUCACAGCAUCACAGUAGAGAGGAUUUAUUACAAGGAAAGAUGCACACUCUGAUUAAGAGUGGCUGGAGGUCAAGAAUGUAACCCUUCAUCUCUGAACAUGACUUGGGCAGCAGCAUGACUGCCACUGGGUGGUGAAGCUGCUGUUCUUCCCUCAACUGCUCAGAAACCACCUGCUAUGCCCUGCUGCAAUCACGGGCUGGGUGGAUUCUCCAGCAGCAGCUCCAUAGGUUUGGCAGGCUCCCAGCACAGCCCCUUGGGCUGCCUCAGCCCUGACAGGGCAGGGAGAGCCAGGGGAAGGUUCCUCCACAGAGCCACAGCUCAUCCCAGCAGCUCUGCACCCAUUCUUUGCCACUGCUGCUGACAGCAGCUCCCACCUCACCUCACACUUCCCUGCAUUAAUUUUGCUCAGUUUUUUUCUUUUUUUCUGGGGGAGUGGCAGUGGCAGGGCACUGUGCGCUGUGGGAGAGGGCUCUGGCUGGUGCCGUUCACAGCAGCAUCCCCAUCCUGCUGCCUCAAGGAGAGCAGGUGGGAAGCACGGCAGCCAGAUGGGUUCAGGAUAUUGUUUUUGGUGGGAGGAAACCCAGCAGCAGUUCCUCUGCCUGGAUUGCAUGGACACAGUGCCAUCUCGUGGGGCUGAGCCCCAGCUCCACCACGUCGCUGCCGCCACAGCAACGUCGCACGGGAAGAAGCUUCCUAUAGGAUGGCUCUGACAAAGGAGUUUGGCAGGCAGAGCUGACUCUUAAAAGUUGUUUUAAGAUUUUAUGUCAGGUGAGCACAUCUGCUUUAAGAGAAAAAAGCAAACAAAGAAAAAGGCUGCAGGCUUCUUAUCCUCCCAUUAUUACUAUUUUUUAAAAUACUCUUCCUUUUAGUUGUUCACCUUUGGCUCUGUACUGCAGCAGUUCUGCUGCUUGUUACACCAUCUCUUCAUUACAUGUUGAUUCCUAGUGCUAUAAAUAGUAUAUAUAUUAUAUAAAUAUAUAUAAAAUAUCUACUGACUUCAAGGAAAACCUUUAAUUUCCGAGUAAGAAACAUUUAUUGGAGGCAAUCCUUUUCACCUUUUAUUUUUUCUUCAGUUCUUCUUGUGUUGUGUUCUUGUAAAGGUGACUGUCAGUGUAUAGGGUAAGUUUGGGGUUUGGUUGGUUUUUUUUUUCUUUUCAAAAUUUAUGAUCACAACUGCUCCACUGCGUCUUGCUAAACAGCACAAGAACCUAAGUGCUGUUUCAGUGGAUCUUGAAAAUUUUGCAGUAGUGAAGGUGUCUCCAGUCAAGAUUUGCUUUAUUGGGAGACCAAGACUUUUUUCUGUCUCGCUGGCAGAAAUGCAGACACUCAUGAGACAUGUUGGAGUCUGCAAUACCCACAGAGCCAAACAUGUCCAUUCCCUGGGUUUCCUGCUAUUUCAGUUGCUUACAUAUAGAAUAAAUGUAUUUACAUGCUGUAAGCCUGUCAUUGUGGACAGUGUCCUAAUGUCUUGUAUUGCUACCUACAAUAGUUUCUUUUUGGUUCUCCUUUUCUUCUUCUUUUGGGGGC